ACUGGAGCGGGACAGCGGGGCCGGUCGGAGGGGCGGGGCAGGGCGCUCCGGGACCGAGGUGCGGACUUCCCGGAGGGCGUCCCCAGGCUGGAGUCCGACCCGAGUUCUCCGUGCUCACUCUUCGGGGUCCCCCGCCGCUCGGCGCCGCGCGCUCAGUCUCUUCAGGUGAAAAUGUUGGCAGCAGCAGCUUCGGGCCCCGCUAUGCAGCUCUAGGUCUCUAUCUCCUCUUGACAUUACCAAACAACCAUGUCAUCAGAAUCAAGCAAGAAACGGAAGCCCAAAGUGAUCCGAAGUGAUGGAGCUCCAUCUGAAGGCAAGCGUAACCGUUCUGACACAGAACAGGAAGGUAAAUACUACAGCGAGGAGGCUGAGGUGGACCUGCGGGACCCUGGCAGAGACUAUGAGCUGUACAAGUACACGUGCCAGGAGUUGCAGAGGCUCAUGGCUGAGAUCCAGGACCUGAAGAGCCGAGGAGGCAAGGAUGUGGCAGUUGAGAUAGAAGAUCGGAGGAUCCAGAGCUGUGUGCAUUUCAUGACUCUAAAGAAGCUUAAUCGAUUAGCCCAUAUCAGGUUGAAGAAAGGAAGAGAUCAGACCCAUGAGGCCAAGCAGAAAGUAGAUGCCUAUCACCUGCAGCUCCAGAACCUGUUGUAUGAGGUGAUGCACCUGCAGAAAGAGAUCACCAAAUGUCUGGAGUUUAAGUCGAAGCAUGAAGAAAUUGAUCUGGUCAGUUUAGAGGAGUUUUAUAAGGAGGCUCCUCCAGAUAUUAGCAAGGCUGAAGUCACCAUGGGAGACCCUCACCAGCAAACCCUGGCACGUCUGGACUGGGAGCUGGAGCAGCGAAAAAGGCUGGCAGAGAAGUACCGAGAGUGCCUGUCCAACAAGGAGAAGAUCCUCAAGGAGAUUGAGGUGAAGAAGGAAUACCUGAGCAGCCUCCAGCCUCGUCUCAAUAGCAUUAUGCAGGCUUCCCUCCCAGUGCAAGAGUACCUAUUCAUGCCGUUCGACCAGGCUCACAAGCAGUAUGAGACAGCUAGACAUCUGCCACCGCCUCUCUAUGUCCUCUUUGUCCAGGCCACUGCGUAUGGGCAGGCCUGUGCUCAUAUGAAAUCCUCCCAGCCCCCUAGACAGGAUAAGACGUUGUCUGUGGCGAUCGAAGGCAGUGUGGACGAAGCCAAGGCUCUAUUUAAGCCUCCUGAAGACUCCCAAGAUGAUGAGAGCGACUCCGAUGCUGAAGAGGAGCAGACCACGAAACGUCGGCGACCCACACUGGGAGUUCAGUUGGAUGACAAGCGCAAGGAGAUGCUGAAGAGGCACCCGCUAUCUGUCAUGCUGGACCUGAAGUGCAAAGAUGACAGUGUGCUUCACCUGACCUUCUACUACCUCAUGAACCUCAACAUCAUGACGGUAAAGGCCAAAGUGACAACCGCCACGGAGCUGAUCACCCCCAUCAGUGCAGGUGACUUGCUGUCUCCUGACUCAGUCCUGAGCUGUUUGUAUCCAGGGGAUCAUGGAAAGAAGACUCCGAAUCCAGCCAAUCAAUAUCAGUUUGAUAAAGUUGGCAUCCUGACUUUGAGAGACUACGUACUUGACCUAGGUCACCCCUAUUUGUGGGUACAGAAGCUAGGUGGCCUCCACUUCCCCAAAGAGCAGCCCCAGCACACGGUGAUUGCUGACCAUUCGCUGAGCGCCAGCCACAUGGAGACCACCAUGAAACUGCUGAAGACCAGGGUUCAAUCCCGCCUGGCCCUCCACAAACAGUUUGCAUCCCUGGAACAUGGCAUUGUACCAGUUACCAGUGAUUGCCAGUACCUCUUUCCUGCAAAGGUUGUCUCCCGCCUGGUAAAGUGGGUGACAAUUGCCCAUGAGGAUUACAUGGAGCUGCAUUUCACCAAGGACAUUGUGGAGGCAGGACUGGCUGAGGACACCAAUCUUUACUACAUGGCACUCGUGGAAAGGGGCACAGCCAAACUCCAAGCUGCUGUGGUGCUGAACCCUGGCUACUCCUCCAUCCCACCCAUUUUCCAGCUGUGUCUGAACUGGAAAGGAGAGAAAACCAAUAGCAACGAUGACAACAUUCGGGCCAUGGAGAGCGAGGUCAACGUAUGCUACAAGGAGCUCUGUGGCCCCCGACCCAGCCAUCAGCUCUUGACCAACCAGCUGCAGCGCCUGUGUGUGCUGCUGGACGUCUACCUGGAGACGGAGAGCCACGACGACAGCGUGGAGGGGCCCAAGGAAUUUCCCCAGGAGAAGAUGUGUCUGCGGCUUUUCAGGGGUCCCAGCAGGAUGAAGCCAUUUAAAUAUAACCACCCCCAAGGAUUCUUCAGCCAUCGCUGACCUCCCACUCAGCCUGCUGUUUCUCCCUAGGCCCUAAGUGCUGUGCCUCUGCUUUCUGUUCUGGCCCACAGGUGGCUCUUGAUAUUCUCCAAAGACAGAUUUUUUUAUUUCUAGCCUAUUAAAGUGUCACUUGACCAAGUA